ACGGCCAGUACACCGCCACCGGUUUCUCCUCAUCUUCCUCCCACAGCCACUCCUCUCCUGCAAGAUGCCCACCAACGCCCCGCCGUCCUCCGCCUAAACCCCAGCCAUGCCACCCAUGGCCGUCGCUGCCUCCCUCUCACUCCACCUGCGCCUCCGACCGGCUCCGUACGCCCGCCGCACGCCCCCUCGCCACGCCCCAUUCCUCAUAUCCCCUUCUCCGUCCACCCCUCCGUCUCCCCAACACCUCCGCGUCGCCCAUGGCUCGUUCCCUCGUCCGUGGCGCCCCUCCGUGAGGGCGCGGGCAGGCACCGUCGAGGCGCCAUCCCUCGCGCGGCCCGGCGGCGCCGUGGAGACCGACCGCCUCCCCUCCGACGUGCGCGACCGCGCCAUGGACGCCGUCGACCACUUUGGCGGCCGCGUCACCAUCGGCGACGUCGCCUCCCGUGCCGGUCUGCAGGUCGACCAGGCGGAGCGCGCUCUCCAGGCUCUCGCCGCGGACACCGGCGGCUUCCUGGAGGUCUCUGGGGAAGGGGAGGUGCUGUACGUCUUUCCCAAAGACUAUAGGGCGAAGCUCGCUGGCAAGUCAUUCAGAAUGCGGGUCGAGCCGCUGGUCAACAAAGCUAAGGAAGUGGGUGCAUAUGUGGUCCGGGUGUCUUUUGGGACGGCACUAGUUGCCUCCAUUGUGCUUGUAUACACUACGAUCAUUGCCAUUAUCUCAAGCUCGAGCAGUGAUGAAGAUAAUCGUGGCAGGCGGCGCAGAUCCUAUGGCUCUACAAUAUUCCUCCCGACAGAUUUGUUUUGGUACUUGGAUGCAGGUUCCUCCAGGAGGCGGCGGGUAGAAAACGAAAAUGGGAUGAACUUUAUUGAAUCUGUCUUUUCAUUUGUAUUUGGAGAUGGUGAUCCAAAUGAUGGGCUUGAAGAAAGAAGGUGGAAGAUGAUUGGGCAGUAUAUUUCAUCAAAUGGUGGGGUUGUUACGGCAGAAGAACUGGCACCUUAUCUUGAUGUACCAGCACCUUCAGAGCUGUCCAAGGAUGAUGAAUCCUUUAUUCUUCCAGUUCUUUUACGCUUCCAAGGACAUCCAGAAGUUGAUGAGCAGGGAAACAUUCUUUACCGAUUCCCCUCGCUGCAACGUACUGCCUCAUCGAAAGGAGGUGGGAGUAGGGAAUAUGUUGGUACAAAAUGGUCUGCAAUGUUCAGUGGCGUUGAAAAAUUUAUGGAAGAGAAACCAUGGGAAUUCAGUAAAGCAAAUGCAUCAGAGAGGGCAAUGGUUGCUGGUUUGGGAGGACUCAAUCUUUUUGGCGUCAUCAUUCUCGGAAACUUAUUGAAGCAAAUGACAGUGACACCUGGUGGGCUUAUCUCAUUUGCUGCACAGUUAUUUCCCUUGCUUCAGAUAUAUGCUGGUUCCUUUUUUGCAAUACCAUUAUUUAGAUGGUUUUUGCUUCGCAAAACCAAUGAUGAUAUUUCAAGGAGGAACAAGGCCAGAGAAGAGAGAGCCCAGGAACUUGUUUUGCCAGAACCUUCUCUCAGAAGAAAGUUGCUCAGUGCACGUGACAUGGCUCAACGGAAGGUGAUUACACCAGAGGAGAUUGUGUACACAACCGAAAAGGAUGUAUUGGAUCAGGAAUACGAAGUCAAGGAGUGGGAAAGGAGAUUUAAGAAGCUCGAGUCAGACUGAUAGUAGUGAUUGGUAUACUUGACAUUCAUAUUUUGUCCGGCUGGUCUUUUGGUCUGGCUGGAUUAUCAUUUUUUGGACGGGACCUAGAUUCGACCGAACCAUUCAACCAAGUGGGCAAAAAUGCCUAGAUGAUGCACUGGAUGGUUCUGAGGCCCACUGAUAUGCUGUGAAAGUUUCGCUGAAGUGGAUGGUUUAAUUCCAGGGAUCAAGGUCUGCUGCUGCUGCUGCUGCUGUAUAUAUCUGUAACAUUUAGUCUGCUUACUUGUAUACGUAGUUGUAGUUCAAUGCACAGGAUUAGCGAGUCAAAGUUCAGAAUUCGACAUGGUUACCAGGGACGAUAUACUCCCAGUGCAGGGCUAGCAGGACAUGUAAAAGGAUAUACCAACUGUGUGGCCUCAGUUGAGCGAGCAUUCUGGAAUCAAUAUUGAUGGCACUUCACUAGUUUUCAUGUCAAA